UUUGCAAUUUCACAAUAAUUCGCGUCUAAUAUACAUGAAUGGAAUAAAUUCUAAAUAAAGUGAUAAGUGAUAAAUGUAAUUAACUAUCUAAAGCUGCAUUACGUAUAAAUUGUUAAAUUAUUGUCUUUAUAGUAUGACUUGUUUAUUAUCACAAAAUAAAUUUGAAUGCUGGGUUAGUUCAGUAUUAAAUAAAAAUAACCGACUAUAUGGAAAGAAGCACAUGUUUGAUAAUUGUUCUGAAACAUGUUGGAAUUCCGAUGCGGGAACUCCACAAUGGGUAGUUAUUGAUUUUGAACAAGAGUGCAGUCUAAGUUCAUUUGAAAUUGAAUUUCAGGGUGGAUUUGUUGGCAAAGAUUGUCAUAUAGAAGCUGGUAAUAAAGAAAUUCAAUUACUUGAAUCAUUUUAUCCAGAAGAUAAAAAUAUAGUACAAAGGUUUACUUUAAAACAACCAAAGAAAGCAAAAAUCUUUAAAUUUGUAUUUAAUGAAAGUACAGAUUUCUUUGGUAGGAUAAUAAUAUACAAAUUAUCUUUGUAUUCAUAAAUU